AGAAUAAUAUUUAUAAAAUCACUCAGUGCAGUAUCACAAAGUGUCAAUCAGGCUGGAAAUUUUCAUUAUCGGUUUGAAAAUCAAUAUCUGAUAUGUUACCCGAAGCGCUGCUAAAGCGCUUGGCUAAACGAGGCAUAAUCCAGGGUGAUGGAGCUCAAGUGGCCUCGAACCAACAGCAGCAGCAGCAACAAUCAAAUUCGCCAUCCCGAGAGCAAACGGAAUCAUCGUCUGAAUCGGACGACGAAUCGCAGGAGGAUCGUCGCGAAACAGAUUUGAACAAUGAAGAAAUUAUUGCCGAGGAUUACGAUGAGUAUGACCAGGUUAAUCCGGAGUCCUUCGAGUAUCCGGUCCAGAAGAAGAAACCCAACGCGGCGUUGGAUUGGACGGAGCGGAUGAAGCAAAAAAUGGUGAAAAGAUACGGAUUCCAAUCGGUGGACGGUUGUCAGAAUAAGUACAACAUCUAUCACCACUGUUCGAUGUAUUGCGUGCAAAGAUACGGCGAAGUUGAAUUCGAGAUAGAGAAGGAGUACGAAAAGAGAGCGAAGCGUUUGCUGGAGCGCUAUCCAUUGCCCAGGCAUUGGCGCAAAGAGUACGACAUCGGUUGUAAAGCCUUUUAUUUCUACAAUAAGGAAACCAGAUUUGUAUCCUGGCUUCCGCCGACCCAUCCCGACGCCAAGUUGACAAAGAGUGCGAAAGUUUUACGGAAGGAACUAAUGGAGAAAACUAAGAGCCAGGAAAGUGCCAAUGAUGGAACACCGAAGGCUGUUAUUGUGGAAAGUUAUCCACCGGUACCGAAGACGUCGAGUUUGUCAGGUCGAGAACCGGUGGUUGGACCAGUUGGAGAAAGUCUAAAGCCACCGGUGGUUAAUCCCCCGAAGCGACCGCACGUCAAACAUCCGAUGCGGGAUGACGAAAAACGACCUCGAAUAGCGGGUGGACGUCCAGAGCGGGACCGUGAGCGUGAACGGGAACGAGAUCGCGACAGAGAUCGUGAACGGGACCGCGAUCGAGAUCGCGAGCGGGAUCGUCGAGAUCGGCGUGACGAUCGUCGUGAUCGUGAUCGGGACAGGGAUCGCGGCAGAGCUGCAAAAGCUACAUCCGGUGCUUUGGAUCCAAUGGAUCCAGCUGCAUAUUCGGAUAUUCCCAGAGGAACAUGGGCCAGCGGGCUGGAAGCUGCUGCCGGUGCCAAGAAGGAAAAAGCUAAGGACAAGAAAGAGGAAAAGCGGAAGGGUCCUCCCAGGGAGGACGAUAGCGACAAUGAACACGAAGUGGUGAAGGUGUCCGCGAUAAAAGAAUUCACACAAGAGGAUGAUGAUAAAGAUGAAUAAAAUCGUUCUUAACUGCAACUCAACUCAACUCAACUGUUUUUAUAUAACUGAGCAAUUCCAAAUGAAAUCGACAAAUGACAAAACAUGAGUAUUUUCGAUUCGAAUGAAAGUUUGUACAGGUAAACUUUGAUAUAACAUACAUUUCACUUUCAAAAUGGUGCGUUGUAUCGAAUUGUACGUUAUAUCGAAGCAUAAUAAAGUACUCACAAACGUAGUCUAUAAUACAUUAUUGUGUUGCUGUUUUAGUAAAGUUAAUGAACAACUUCAAUCAGAAGACGAAGCCAGCCUUUCUCAUGAUGUUUCCCUUCGUACUGUUGAUUAAAGCUUGAUUCAUUUAGAAUCCGGAAUCACAAAACCAGCUGUAUUUCGGAAUUGAUUGAAGGCACAAAACUUGUUCUAGCAUCACAAUACGGAUAAUUCAUUGUUCUAUCAGAAAAAAAGUAUUGAAAAAAAUUUCCUUCACACUUUGGAAAUGUGUACGUUCUAUCGAGGUAAAAUGUACGUUAUAUCGAGGGUACGUUAUAACGAGGGUACGUUAUAACGAGGGUACGUUAUAUCGAAGUUUACCUGUAUUUCGUUUGGGUUGGAGGAAAUAUGAGUUUUCCACAGCAUUUGGGAAUUUUUUGACUUAAGUGUAAUUUUUAAAAAGGGCGUAUCGAUUUUAGUAAGGGAAAUCUUUG